UUGGGGUGUUCCAAGUUUUAAUUGGAAAGGAGACAAGAAAACAGUUGCAGAAUGCAGAGUGAAUGAACCGAAAUUUCAGACAACAAAAACUGCCUCGCUUCCAUUCUUAAAACGAAACUGUUGAAAUCCCACUUCGGAUUCUGCAAUUCCAUUUAGGACCAAAACUAAAGCAAUGCGAGGUGUCGGAGCUUUUUCAUCACCAAUGUGCGUUUCACCAGCCAUCCCUUCCGGCCGCUGCAGUCAUUCCAAUCCCAGCAACAUCUUCCUCGGAAGAAGAGAUUCAGUUUCAACUCCGAAUCAGAGUCGGUCUCCGAAGAAACGCCACCAAUCUUUCUCUCUCUCUUUGGGCCGAGCGUAUACCAAUUUCGCUGCAAUAGCUGCUGCUGCUUCUUCACCUUCGGUAGGGAGUGAGUCAAAUGCGGAAGAACCGGUGACCGGGGUUAAGUUCCAGACGCCUUUGACACUACCGGGGUGUUUGACAUCUCUAUCUUUGGUUGGAACAGGAUACAGGGAGAAAGUUUUUGCAAUAAUCGGAGUUAAGGUCUACGCUGCAGGACUCUAUGUAAACCCAUCAAUCUCUUCUAAACUGAAUGCUUGGAAAGGGAAAUCAGCAGCUGACAUUCUGGAGGACAGAUCAUUGUUCAACUCAAUUUUACAGGCUCCGCUGGAGAAGUCAUUACAGAUUGUUCUGGUCAGAGAUGUCGAUGGAAAAACUUUCUGGGAUGCCUUGGAUGAUGCUAUCUCUCCAAGAAUCAAGUCACUCACUCCUGUUGACCAAUCUGCUCUAUCCACCUUCCGCAACAUCUUUCAAGGACGCUCUCUUAAGAAAGGAACCUUCAUAUUUUUGACUUGGUUGGACUCAUCAAAGAUGCUAGUUUCUGUUUCAUCUGACGGGUUGCCAUCUGGAGCGGACGCUACAAUUGAGUCAGAGAACGUCACCUUUGCGCUGUUUGAUGUGUUUUUGGGGGAUGCAUCGGUUUCUCCUUCCUUAAAAGCUUCUGUUGCUAAUGGUUUGGCAGCCAUCCUCAACUAGUUUCCAUGGGUUAGUCAAGCUUCUAGAAGAGCUUAUUCAUCAGGUCUGGCAUAUGGCUUCUUUUUUCUGUUUCAAUUUUAUGAAUCACGUAAUCAGAUGAAUUGUGUCCACCGAGAUUAAGACAGAAUAGUCCAUUUGGACAAGUUGAGUUGUCCUCGAGACAUUUAAGAAAGCAACCACCCUUCAGUUCUUAUUAA